GGCAGCUGCGGCGGCGGGCAGCGGACGGGCGCACUGGCGGGCGCCUCCACCUUGCUCCCUCCCUGGCUGCCGGCUUCCUUUUGUCUUUCUGGGCGGCGAUGAGCGCAGGGCCGGCGCAGCAGCUGCGGGCGCACAGAGGCCCGCGCUCCUAGUCACUCCUCCCCGCCUCGGCGCGCUCGUUCCGGGCAGCGGCCCGGGCCGGCUGCGGCCGCCGCCGGCGCCGAACUUGGACUCGGGAAGCCGGCAGACCGCGUCCUGAGCCGGAGCAGGGGCAUGGUCUAGCGGCCCAGUCAGGACACACUCCCCGGAGGUUCUGACCCACUCCCUCUCGGACUCCUCCUGGUCUCUGGUGUAGUCGCCGCCGCCAGCCGCCAUGGGCAAGCAGAACAGCAAGCUGCGGCCCGAGGUGCUGCAGGACCUGCGGGAGAACACGGAGUUCACCGACCACGAGCUGCAGGAGUGGUACAAGGGCUUCCUCAAGGACUGCCCCACCGGCCACCUGACCGUGGACGAGUUCAAGAAGAUCUACGCCAACUUCUUCCCCUACGGCGACGCUUCCAAGUUCGCCGAGCACGUCUUCCGCACCUUCGACACCAACGGCGACGGCACCAUCGACUUCCGGGAGUUCAUCAUUGCGCUGAGCGUGACCUCGCGGGGCAAGCUGGAGCAGAAGCUCAAGUGGGCCUUCAGCAUGUACGACCUGGACGGCAACGGCUACAUCAGCCGCAGCGAGAUGCUGGAGAUCGUGCAGGCCAUCUACAAGAUGGUGUCGUCUGUGAUGAAGAUGCCGGAGGACGAGUCCACCCCAGAGAAGCGCACGGACAAGAUCUUCAGGCAGAUGGACACCAACAACGAUGGCAAACUGUCCUUGGAAGAAUUCAUCAAAGGUGCCAAGAGCGACCCCUCCAUCGUCCGCCUGCUGCAGUGCGACCCCAGCAGUGCCAGUCAGUUCUGAGCGAGCGGCCCCUGGACAGUUGCAGAGAAACACAGGCUUGUCGUGCCGUUUAAGCUUUGCUUGCAAGAGUGGAUGCCCCGCAAUCGUUCCUGCUCUCCCGGGCCCCAGGCCUGGGGCAUGCGUCGCACCUGCCCGGCCCGGCGGCUGCGCCUCCCUCCUCCGCCUGACCAAUGCGACAUUCCUCCCCUCACGCCCGGCCCGGUCCCUUCCAGGGCAACUCCCAGGGAUGUGAUGACAUGCAGGGUUCAAGUGUUCUUGGUUCCAGGCACCUCCCGGCUCAUGGGGAGCCCAGAGGUCCAUGCCGAGGAGACCAGGCAGGACCUCCCGAGGCUGCGCCCCGGCCGGCCCAUGCAUUUUGUGAUCCCAAGUGACUCUGUGGGGAGGGUGGGGCGAGGCGUCAGGAGGGUAGACGGGGAGCCCCUCCCGUGCAUGGCUGCCCUCCCGUUCAUUUUCUCCACCACAGCCGCUUGCACGUAUAGAUACUGUGGUCCCCUUUCUUUUAAUAUAUAAAUUAUGUAUGGUGAAGUGGAGUGUAAUGUGUAGGUCCCGUAUUUAAUGCCUCUGACUGCCUUUGAAGCGCAGCCCCCUGUGGCCCGCAGUCCCCUGAGCCUGGCUGUUGUGUGGUAUUUAUGCUCUCUUUGUCUGCCUGUUUCUAAGGAAAUGCAUGUGUGCCCUGAGCCGUGACGAUCCUCCUGUCCGUGUCGCGAGCACAGGCAUUUGUGUCUGGUCUGUCCUCCCUGUUGAUUGGUCUGGCAUUUCCGGUAUUAAAAUGAUACAAUAA